AUGUAUUCUCGCUGCCGCGUGAUCGUGUUGGUUCUCACGGUGCUGGCCAUUGUGUGCGUCUUUUUUUCUCAUAUCUUUCCUGUGUUAAUUAAGAAGAGUGAAUCUCUUAAAACGGUGUAUACACUGUGGUACGCGCAGUCGACUUUGCCGGAUGGCAGCAGUAUCAGACGUGCUGUUGCUGGAAGCUCUUGCGGUCAGUACAGGACUUUUUUUCAAGCGGCUGAGGCUUUCUCUGUUCUUUCAAUUGGCAUUGGCCUCGUCAUUGCUGUGUUUUGCUUUUUUCAGUUUCUGUGCGUGAAAGUACGUUUUUUUUUUUGUUUUAUUUGGUGCUUGAUGUUUCUUGCGUUUCUUUUCUGUGGAGCGUGUGUAGCGGUUAUUGUGUAUGGGUACAUGAAGGGUUUUUGCCAGGGUGGCGGCCCGAUCUCUCUUAAUUUUGCACCUUUUAAGGAUCAGGGCUUCGAUUUUGGGGUUUCUUUCUAUUUCAUUUGCAUUGCCUGUGGUCUUUUUCUUCUUUCCAGUUUUUUUGAGUGCUUUGCAUAA